CCGUGUGAGACAAGAAGUUCUCCACCCCAAGUUUUCUCUUUGGUGAACACAAAUUUUCCUUUCAUCAAUUGCUCGUUAUCUCCUUCUCCUUCUCCUCCUCCUCCUCCUCCUUCUCCUUCUUCUUCUUCUAAGCAGCAUUUUUCUUUAAUAUUUGGCUAGAAUUUCUGUUUACCAACAUAAAGAAACCAACUUGUUUUAUAUUAUCAUGGCAAGUUGGUGGAGAAGAUCGAGUGUAGUCGCUCAUCAUAUCAGGGCAAAGGUGGGUUUAAGGGGUACUGCUGCUCACAUCAACCAAGCUUCUUCUUGGAGCCAUCCCUUCCAAUCUGAUUCCUCAACUUUAAUUCUACCUUCAUUUCCAUGCAAUAUUAUAGCUACCCUUUUCUCGGUUAGGCGUCUCAAAUCCACGGUCACUGGAAAACAACUGGAUUCUCUACAUGCUACUGAUAAUGAUGAUGAUGAUCAGGCAUUGGAUUUUCCAGGAGGAAAAGUUUCAUAUACUUCAGAAAUGAAAUUCAUUUUAGGAUGUUCUGAUAAAAGAAUACCUUGCUAUCGAGUUCUUGAUGAUGAUGGAGAGCAAAUUAGGGGUAGUGAUUUUCAACAGGUCAACAAAGAAUUGGCAGUAAAAAUGUACAGUGACAUGGUUACUCUGCAAAUGAUGGAUACUUUGUUCCAUGAAGCACAAAGGCAAGGAAGAAUAUCCUUCUAUAUAACAUCAUUCGGGGAAGAAGCAAUUAACAUAGCAUCUGCUGCUGCACUUAGCAAAGAUGAUAUUGUCUUGCCCCAGUACCGGGAACCUGGAGUUCUAUUAUGGCGUGGUUUCACGCUGCAAGAAUUUGCCAACCAAUGCUUUGGAAACAAGGCUGAUGAUGGGAAAGGUAGGCAGAUGCCGAUUCAUUACGGGUCAAGCAAGCAUAACUUUGUCACUGUUUCAUCCCCUAUUGCAACUCAGCUUCCUCAAGCUGCAGGAAUGGCUUAUUCUCUUAAGAUCGAUAAGAAGGAUGCCUGUGCUGUCGCAUUUAUUGGGGAUGGUGGUACCAGUGAGGGUGAUUUUCAUGCUGGUUUGAACUUUGCAGCAGUUCUGGAGGCCCCAGUCAUUUUUGUUUGUCGUAACAAUGGCUGGGCCAUAAGUACACCUAUAUCAGAACAAUUUAGAAGUGACGGUAUAGUGGUUAAGGGCAAAGCUUAUGGAAUCCCAAGCAUUCGGGUGGAUGGAACUGAUGCACUUGCUGUUUAUAGUGCCAUUCAUGCUGCUCGCGAUAAGGCAAUAAAUGUCCAAGGACCUGUCUUAGUUGAGACUCUUGCAUAUAGAGUGGGACACCAUUCCACAUCUGAUGAUUCGACCAAGUAUCGUCCUCUUGAUGAAAUCGAGUACUGGAAAACGGUAAGAAACCCUGUACAUAAAUUUAGAAAAUGGGUUGAAAUUAGUGGCUGGUGGACUGAACGAGAUGAAGCUGAACUUCGAAGAAGCAUAAAGAAGCAGCUAUUGCAAGCUAUUCAAGUGGCAGAGAAAACAGAGAAACCUCCACUUGCAGAGUUGUUCGCGGAUGUCUACGAUCUUCCACCAUCUAACCUUCUUGAGCAAGAGAAACAACUCCGAGAAACUAUCAAUAAAUAUCCCCAAGAUUUUCCCUCUGAUGUUUCUCUAUGUAUCUGAUGUUUCUCUAUGAAUUAAGUAGUUUUAUGAUGCUUAAAUCAUAUAGAAAAAAUGUUUUGCAAUCAAAUAUAAAUUGCAAGAACAAUUAUAAUAGAAGUAAGAAAAUUUUUAUUUAGGUAUA